UAGUUCCAUCCUCUCCCACUACCCGUGACUGAACUUCCUCUCACUACCAUAUUUGGUGUUGAGAAAACGUUGCGAACGGACGCUUCAGCUUUAUAACCCCUAUGACGUGUCUGGGUUAACCCUUCGUUUGCGCCAUAAACAUCUAUUUGACUUCAAGGUAUUGCAUUCUGGGAACCGAUGUUAUUUUAUCCCGCGUCUUUUCUGUUCUCUAACGACUUGUCCAUUAGAAGAGAACACUACUUCCCAUAAUGCAAAUGUACUUUUUUUCCCCGAGUCAAAGUUGGUCCGUCUGCUGUGAAAUGAAAUUGGAAAAUGAGAGCAGCGAAAGGAGUAACCGAGGAGAUAAAAUUGAAAAUAAUGCACAUUGACAUCAAAUAUGCGACAGUACCGCAGUUGUAUUAGCGACGGUUCGUUAUGACAGACGUUGCACGGUGUUCUGUCUUGCUCCGUUUUUGUUAGCUAUGUGGACGUUGAACUAGCUGGCUAGCCACCUCCCUGUCACGAGCAACGCCGGGGUGUAUUCUUCGUUUAGACUUCGGUUCAUCACCGUACUGCAGUAUGUUACAGUGGCCGAAAGGAGGGCCAGGGCUCGGUUAUAGCAUUUGAGAUUCACCGCUGUACAAGAGCAUCAGUUCACACCAUUUGUCAACAAUGCACAACUCGUUGCAAGCUAUAAUUAUUGCCAUCUUUUAUGCAAGUUAGCCAGUCAGCAGUUAAUAUUAUGGCACAGUACAGAAAAUAAUAGCCAGUAACAUUUCAGUGCCGUGGUACAAGUGCAGGUGGUGCAUUCCGAAAAGUGAUAAGGGAUCAUACACGGCAGGAUGGAGCGAGGAGGCACCAUGGAGCGAGCAGGCAGCAUCCAGCUGGACGUCCCUGACUUUAGCAACUCUGUGCUGUCCCAACUGAACCAGCUGCGUAUACAGGGGCGGCUGUGCGACAUAGUGGUGAACGUGCAGGGCCAGAGCUUCCGUGCUCACAAGGUUGUGUUGGCUGCCAGCUCCCCUUACUUCCGAGACCACAUGUCACUGGGCCAGAUGAGCACUGUGUCCCUGUCAGUCAUCCGCAACCCCUCUGUGUUUGAUCAGCUCCUCUCAUACUGCUACACCGGGAGGCUGUGCCUGCAGCUGGCCGACAUCAUCAGCUACCUGACGGCCGCCAGCUUCCUGCAGAUGCAGCACAUCAUUGACCGCUGCACGCAGAUCCUUGAGGGCAUCCAUCUAAAGAUCAGCCUGGCGGAGGAGGAGCUGGGGGCCGGAGGGGGGCACAGAGGGGCUGGGAGCUUGGAGGGAGGAGGAGGAGGUGGGGUAGGAACAUCAGGGGGCUCCCUAAGCCCGCGCCACAGCAGCCCCAGGGUUCUGGGACCUCAAGGAAGCAGAACCCGAGGUGCCAUGGAUAUCCGAGAGGUGGGAAGCCCAGCGGGGGAGUCCAUGAGCCCCCAGAUGGUGGAGCACAGUGGGCUGGGCCCGGAGGGUCUGCCUGGGGGGGUGGAAGUGGGCAGCAGGCUGGGGAAGGAGCCCAUACUGCGCAUCAAUCGGGCCGGCCAGUGGUACGUGGAGGCAGAGUCGGAGAGGGGGAGCGGCGGUGAAGAGGGGGAGUCAAUGCGGGUGGUGGAUGGUUUGAGGAUAAAGACGGAGAGGAUGGAAGAGUGGACUGGGGCUGAUACCCAGGAAGAAGGGAGCGGGGCGGAAGAGGGAGCAGCCAUGAUGAUUGACACGUCCGUGUGCAGCUCGCUGGUGCAGGAGGGUAUUGUCACGGGGGCCAAGAGCUCUCAGCCCUCCAGCAGCUUCAGUGAGACUGAGAGGUUUAGUCCUACUGGCAGUGUGGUGGUGAUGGCAGAGAGACCGAGAGCCAAGAGUGAGUCACCCAGCAGAGUAGACGACCAGUGCCAUCCCAACUCGCAGGGGGAGGAGCAGGCUGUGUUGGGCGGCUACGAGGAGUACCUGCGUGAACAGGUGGCUGACCGCUGGUGCCACUACAACCCUCGACUCACCUGCAUCUACUGCUGCAAGUCCUUCAACCAGAAGGGCAGCCUGGACCGCCACAUGAGGCUGCAUAUGGGCAUCACACCUUUCGUGUGCCGCAUCUGCGGCAAGAAAUACACCCGCAAGGACCAGCUCGAGUACCACAUCCGCAAGCACACAGGAAACAAGCCCUUCCAUUGCCACGUCUGCGGGAAGAGCUUCCCCUUCCAGGCCAUCCUCAACCAGCACUUCCGCAAGAACCACCCGGGCUGCGGCCCUCAAGAGGUGGCCCACAGCGCCUCCCCAGAGACCACCACUGUCUCCUCCAGGGCGGGGCAGAACGAGGAGGCGUCGCCCAGCCAGGAGGAGCCAGAUGGGGGUGGAGGUGGGGCCUCUUUCAGAGAGGGUGUCCAGGCCUCUGUCUCCACCACUGGGCCUGAUUGACCCAGUGGACCAGGGAGGGAGAUGGUUGGGGUAUAGGAGGACAGGGUAUAGGUUAGGUUAAUGGUUUGUACUCUCCUGCCAGUGGAGGAAAGACAAUGUAUGUUGAAGUUGCUUCAAAGGAAAUGAUGAUAAGGGGGAGGUCAGAAGGUCAAGUCCAUCCAGGGUGGGAUUUUUAUAAGCAUUUUUUUUUAAAUUCCUUCGACUAAACUGCAGGGACAGGAGAACGAAGCAACAGAGUAGUUUGAUAUGGCACUUCGUAAUAUGUCGUUAUUUAUAAAUGAUAUUUCCGCUUUAAACCAUAUCUACCUUCACAAUACAAACAUGAACAGAUUAAGCUAACACAUGAAGAAAUGCCACACACUCCCAAUAACUUCACAACACUGAAUGCAGUGGUUUUUAUUUGACUAUUUUCUUAUGUUAGUUUUAUUAUUUUGUAUAAUAACUACAUACAAUUUCAAUUCUUGCCUUUUGUCUUGAGACAAUCUUGAACAGAUGGGGGUCAGUGAUAAUCAGACUCCAGACAAUUCCACGGUUACUCAUGGUUUUCACAUAAAAAUGUAUGUCAAACAAAAAGCAAUGGUUGCAAAGUUGAACAAACCAUACACAUUUUAUACACAAGGACUACUUUGAAAAAUUUCCAAUUUUACAAAAACACAUUUACUUGAGGUAACAAAAACAUUUACUUUGACAGUGCAGAGGCAAAGUUUGGUAACAGAAUGACAACACCAACAGCACAAACUGUCAUUCUGUGACCAGACUUUGCAUCUGCUCAAGUAAAUGUAUUUUUGUCAAAUGUUCCGUGUAAUUUAUUAAGUAGUCCUUGUACAUAGUUGUAUGGUUUGUUUACAGAGAGAGUCUCAGCAUCACUGUUAUGGUGGAAUUGCCCAUGUGCCAGAAUGGCUUAAAAAUGCAAUUCCACAUGAAUAGUAGAUAUGGCCCAGUGAACAAAACCAGUUAAUUUGGUAGAGUAAUGAGUACAAUUCUGAAAAUAACACUGAUGUCAGUCUUUUAUGACGAUUUUAUGUCAUGUGUCUUAACACGGCUAAAUGCAUUCAGAAGUAUACCAUUAUUUAAUCAGUGCAACACUUUUACAAUGUAUUAAGAUAUUGAAAAAGGUAAGAGGCCUUUUAAAGAGGACUUGUUAAUCCAUAUGUAUUUGAACCAUACCUCCACAUUCUUUAACCAGCUGCUGAAUGCAUACUUCUAUACAGGAACACAGGAAACUCUGUUUUUUAAACUUUUUUUUUACCUCAGAUAAGCUACAAUAAAACUCUGUUACCUCUCACACAUCACUACGCAAUACAGCUCUGCUCCAAGCAGAUUGGUCGAUGCACUCAGUUGAAUUUACAGUAUGUUCUCAUUUUUCUAUGUUGUGGUUAACUACCUUUUUCAUUUUUUUAAAAUAAGUGACUGUUUUUUUUUGCAUAAGCGCAUCUGAACAUUUUUAUCUAGCUCUGACAAUGUAUCUGGAGGAUGUAGAGACAAGAUUGUAAUGGAGGACACUCAUCGCUAUUGGGGGUGUCCGAAGGAGGAGAGAUGAGACUCUGCAGCUGAACUGUAGUACCACCCAAGAGAAAGACUCUGCAGCUGUUCUGUAGUACCACCCAAGAGAGACUCUGCAGCUGAACUGUAGUACCACCCAAGAGAGAGACUGCAGCUGUUCUGUAGUACCACCCAAGAGAAAGACUGCAGCUGUUCUGUAGUACCACCCAAGAGAGACUCUGCAGCUGAACUGUAGUACCACCCAAGAGAAAGACUCUGCAGUUGAACUGUAGUACCACCCAAGAGAAAGACUGCAGCUGUUCUGUAGUACCACCCAAGAGAAAGACUGCAGCUGAACUGUAGUACCACCCAAGAGAAAGACUCUGCAGCUGUUCUGUAGUACCACCCAAGAGAAAGACUCUGCAGCUGUUCUGUAGUACCACCCAAGAGAAAGAAUGCAGCUGUUCUGUAGGACCACCCAAGAGAGAGACUGCAGCUGUUCUGUAGUACCACCCAAGAGAAAGACUCUGCAUCUGUUCUGUAGUACCACCCAAGAGAAAGACUCUGCAGCUGUUCUGUAGUACCACCCAAGAGAAAGAAUGCAGCUGUUCUGUAGUACCACCCAAGAGAAAGACUCUGCAGCUGAACCACCCAAGAGAAAGAAUGCAGCUGAACUGUAGUACCACCCAAGAGAAAGACUCUGCAGCUGAACUGUAGUACCACCCAAGAGAAAGACUCUGCAGCUGUUCUGUAGUACCACCCAAGAGAAAGAAUGCAGCUGAACUGUAGUACCACCCAAGAGAAAGACUGCAGCUGAACUGUAGUACCACCCAAGAGAAAGAAUGCAGCUGAACUGUAGUACCACCCAAGAGAAAGACUCUGCAGCUGUUCUGUAGUACCACCCAAGAGAAAGACUGCAGCUGAACUGUAGUACCACCCAAGAGAAAGACUCUGCAGCUGUUCUGUAGUACCACCCAAGAGAAAGACUCUGCAGCUGAACUGUAGUACCACCCAAGAGAAAGACUCUGCAGCUGUUCUGUAGUACCACCCAAGAGAAAGACUGCAGCUGAACUGUAGUACCACCCAAGAGAAAGACUCUGCAGCUGUUCUGUAGUACCACCCAAGAGAAAGACUGCAGCUGAACUGUAGUACCACCCAAGAGAAAGACUCUGCAGCUGUUCUGUAGUACCACCCAAGAGAAAGACUCUGCAGCUGUUCUGUAGUACCACCCAAGAGAAAGACUGCAGCUGAACUGUAGUACCACCCAAGAGAAAGACUCUGCAGCUGUUCUGUAGUACCACCCAAGAGAAAGACUGCAGCUGAACUGUAGUACCACCCAAGAGAAAGACUCUGCAGCUGUUCUGUAGUACCACCCAAGAGAAAGACUGCAGCUGAACUGUAGUACCACCCAAGAGAAAGACUCUGCAGCUGAACUGUAGUACCACCCAAGAGAAAGACUCUGCAGCUGUUCUGUAGUACCACCCAAGAGAAAGACCGCAGCUGAACUUUAGUACCACCCAAGAGAAAGACUCUGCAGCUGUUCUGUAGUACCACCCAAGAGAAAGACUCUGCAGCUGUUCUGUAGUACCACCCAAGAGAAAGACUGCAGCUGAACUGUAGUACCACCCAAGAGAAAGACUCUGCAGCUGUUCUGUAGUACCACCCAAGAGAAAGACUCUGCAGCUGUUCUGUAGUACCACCCAAGAGAAAGACUCUGCAGCUGUUCUGUAGUACCACCCAAGAGAAAGACUCUGCAGCUGUUCUGUAGUACCACCCAAGAGAAAGACUCUGCAGCUGAACUGUAGUACCACCCAAGAGAAAGACUCUGCAGCUGAACCACCCAAGAGAAAGACUCUGCAGCUGUUCUGUAGUACCACCCAAGAGAAAGACUGCAGCUGUUCUGUAGUACCACCCAAUAGAAAGAAUGCAGCUGAACUGUAGUACCACCCAAGAGAAAGAAUGCAGCUCAACUGUAGUACCACCCAAGAGAAAGAAUGCAGCUCAACUGUAGUACCACCCAAGAUAAAGACUCUGCAGCUGAACUGUAGUACCACCCAAGAUAAAGACUCUGCAGCUGAACUGUAGUACCACCCAAGAGAAAGACUCUGCAGCUGUUCUGUAGUACCACCCAAGAGAAAGACUCUGCAGCUGUUCUGUAGUACCACCCAAGAGAAAGACUCUGCAGCUGUUCUGUAGUACCACCCAAGAGAAAGACUGCAGCUGAACUGUAGUACCACCCAAGAGAAAGACUCUGCAGCUGUUCUGUAGUACCACCCAAGAGAAAGACUCUGCAGCUGUUCUGUAGUACCACCCAAGAGAAAGACUCUGCAGCUGUUCUGUAGUACCACCCAAGAGAAAGACUCUGCAGCUGUUCUGUAGUACCACCCAAGAGAAAGACUCUGCAGCUGAACUGUAGUACCACCCAAUAGAAAGAAUGCAGCUGAACUGUAGUACCACCCAAGAGAAAGAAUGCAGCUCAACUGUAGUACCACCCAAGAGAAAGAAUGCAGCUCAACUGUAGUACCACCCAAGAUAAAGACUCUGCAGCUGAACUGUAGUACCACCCAAGAGAAAGACUCUGCAGCUGUUCUGUAGUACCACCCAAGAGAAAGACUCUGCAGCUGUUCUGUAGUACCACCCAAGAGAAAGACUCUGCAGCUGAACUGUAGUACCACCCAAGAGAAAGUCUCUGCAGCUGAACCACCCAAGAGAAAGACUCUGCAGCUGUUCUGUAGUACCACCCAAGAGAAAGAAUGCAGCUGAACUGUAGUACCACCCAAGAGAAAGACUCUGCAGCUGAACUGUAGUACCACCCAAGAGAAAGACUCUGCAGCUGAACUGUAGUACCACCCAAGAGAAAGACUCUGCAGCUGUUCUGUAGUACCACCCAAGAGAAAGAAUGCAGCUGAACUGUAGUACCACCCAAGAGAAAGACUCUGCAGCUGAACUGUAGUACCACCCAAGAGAAAGACUCUGUAGCUGUUCUGUAGUACCACCCAAGAGAAAGAAUGAAGCUGAACUGUAGUACCACCCAAGAGAAAGACUCUGCAGCUGAACUGUAGUACCACCCAAGAGAAAGACUCUGUAGCUGUUCUGUAGUACCACCCAAGAGAAAGAAUGAAGCUGAACUGUAGUACCACCCAAGAGAAAGACUCUGCAGCUGAACUGUAGUACCACCCAAGAGAAAGACUCUGCAGCUGAACUGUAGUACCACCCAAGAGAAAGAAUGCAGCUGAACUGUAGUACCACCCAAGAUAAAGACUCUGCAGCUGAACUGUAGUACCACCCAAGAGAAAGACUCUGCAGCUGUUCUGUAGUACCACCCAAGAGAAAGACUGCAGCUGAACUGUAGUACCACCCAAGAGAAAGACUCUGCAGCUGAACUGUAGUACCACCCAAGAUAAAGACUCUGCAGCUGAACUGUAGUACCACCCAAGAGAAAGACUCUGCAGCUGUUCUGUAGUACCACCCAAGAGAAAGACUGCAGCUGAACUGUAGUACCACCCAAGAGAAAGACUGCAGCUGUUCUGUAGUACCACCCAAGAGAAAGAAUGCAGCUGAACUGUAGUGCCACCCAAGAGAAAGACUGCAGCCCACUGAUGCUACAGAUGUCCCAUCACCAAAGGAUAGACAUGCUUGCUACAGUGGAGUGUGUUCCACUGGAAAUCAAUCAUUAAGAAGAGGAGGCACUCCCUCGCAGGGAGGCCAAAAUAAUUACGUCAAGCACUUCAACUAAGGAGGGGUUUGAAAUAGUUACAUUUUUAAAGAAAUAUGUAAAAGAUAUAUCGCAAAUUGAAUUUAACUUAAAACAUUGUUUUUAUACAGAUAAAGGGCAGCCCAGUGGAUUGGCUGUUUAUUUUAAUUUUAUUUUUUUAGAUCUGAAUAAUUUGUGGGUGUGAUGGGAGUUUUUAAUGUAUGCAAGUGAAAAACUUUUACUGAUUUGUCCACUGGGUUUUUCUUAUCUGAAAUGAGAAUGCAUUACACAUCACCACAGUACACCUCGGUUAAUAUUCGUCAGACAAAAACAGAUCAACAUUCUUUAUAAAUAUCAGGUAUUUUUGUUUACUGAUUUUAAGUUGACUCUGUUUGUACGUAACGUUCAAGGGGUUUUAGAUAAACCAUUGAGCUUGGGCUACCUGCAGAGAAAUCUUACAGCAAGCCUUAUUUAGCAAGUGCAGCUUAAUGAAGAUUAAAUGUAUACUGAACAAAAAUAUAAAUGCAAUAUGCAACAAUUUCAAAGAUUUUACUGAGUUACAGUUCCAAUAAGGAAAUCAGUCAAUUUAAAUGAAUUCAGUUGGCCCUAAUCUAAGGAUUUCACAUGAAUGGGCAAGGGUGCAGCUGUGGGUGGGCCUGGGAGGGCAUAAACCCACUCACUGGGGAGCCAGGCCCAGCCAAUCAGAAAUAGUUUGUCCCCACAAAAGGGCUUUAUUACAGACAGAAACACUCCUCAGCACCCCCCUCAAAUGAUCCCGCAGAUGAAGAAGCCGGAUGUGGAGGUCCUGGGCUGGUGUGGUUACACAUGGUCUGCGGUUGUGAGGCCGGUUGGACGUACUGCCAAAUUCUCAAAAAUUACGUUGGAGGUGGCUUAUGGUAGAGAAAUUAACAUUAAUUUCUCUGGCAACAGCUCUGGUGAACAUUCCUGCGGUCAGCAUGCCAAUUUUACGCUCCCUCAAAACUUGAGACGUCUGUGGCAUUGUGUUGUGUGACAAAACUGCUCAUUUUAGAGUGGCCUUUUAUUGUCCCUAGCAGAAGGUGCACCUGUGUAAUGAUCAUGCUGUUUAAUCAGCUUCUUGAUAUGCCACACCUCUCAGGUGGAUGGAUUAUAUUGGUAAAGGAGAAAUGCUCACUAAUGGGGAUGUAAACCAAUUUGUGCAAACAUUUUUAGAGAAAUAAGCUUUUUGUGCCUAUGGAACAUUUCUGGGAUCUUUUAUUUCAGCUCAUGAAACAUGAGACCAACACUUUACAUGUUGCGUUUAUAUUUUUGUUCUGUCUAUGCAUGAUGUUUUAUUUUUUAAGUGAAGACGCCAUUAUGGACGUAGCAAUGCAGCUAUUCUCCUAUAUUGAAACCAGGGAUGCACGAAUUUGGAAAUUCUUGGUCAAUAACCAAUAUUUUCUUGUCCAUGAUGGCUGAUACUGAUAUGACAUUACAAAUAUUGUGUGAACAACUAUCUAUUGAUCAAAAUACUUUUAAAAAACAACCUUUUUUUUUUAUCAAUGAGCAAAUGUAAAGAUCAAACAUUUUCACAGAGAAACACUUUUCAGUGCACCGUGUCAUUUUAUUGUAGCUCAGAUUUAAAGCACUAAUCAGUAGUUGAAUCAAUAACAAAGUAUGUUCCUCAACCCUGUUUCAGUGAGAAAUGAAACCACUCAAAUUCAUAGACAAAGCUAAUGGACGCAAGAACUGACCAUCCAUGCUUAAAAAAAGUAUAGUUUAAACCAUAUUUUGAGGCUAUAUAGUGUUUGUUUACAUUUACAAACGUUGAGUAAAAUAAUCAAAUUUUGGGUUCUGAUGGGGUUCGACAUUAUGUUAUAUUAUUCAAGAAUCAAUGGGUACAUAAUUCAUUUGAGUACAACAAUGUAUUUAGCAACUGCAGAUUGCCCUUUUAACAUCAUCCACUAUUAGUCCAGUUUUUCAGCCAUCAUCGGUCGAUACCGAUAUGAAAGGCAGAUAUACAGUAUCACGCAUCCCUGAUUGAAACAUAGGUAUAAUAAUACUCAUGGUUGUAGCUUGAACAUUCUUUACAAUGUGAUUGCUUCAGCCAACAAAAUUUGAAGAUGGUCUUGAAUUGUUCAAUGGUGGAAGAUUUAUGUGAACAUUUUAGUCACACUCACAGUUAAUGCUUCUAAGCAAGUGGUCACCAACCUUGGGUUCUGGAGAGCUCCAAUCAUGCUGACUUUAGAAUUAAGGCAUUAAAUUAAAGAAUUAUAGCAUUCCAAUGUAGAACUAAAGUGGAAUGAUUUUAAUUGACAGUAGAUUUUCAGAUCCAGUGGAUUUCAUUCAUCUUAGAGGUAUAGUACAUUACCAACCUUGAUGCUGGAAAACCUGGAAUCCAGAUAGAGAAGUGUUCCAUCAUUAUUAAAAUGUGUAAAAACGAUUUGAUUUUUAACAAUUACUAUGAAACAGAACAAUUAUUAUGAAACAGAAUACAACUAAUUUUGUUUAAAAAAAAAUAAUUCCCACCAGGUACCAGGUUUGCUUGAUUUGAAUUUAGUUUUGAAUAGCCUUUUUGGGGGUUUGAUCAAGAUUGAUUGUUUCAUGCCUUUUUCUUUGUUUAGAACUAAAAGGGCUUUUCCAUGUUUUAAAAUAAGCUUGAACUGCUUUAAGUGUAUGAUUAUUGAACCCUUGUAUGUGUGUUGUUACUGCUGAAUGUAGAUCAAUGACAGGAACAAGCUCUCGUGAACUAGCCUCUAGUUUGAGCAAACAACAGAAUUAUGGCGGUUUUCAUCGUCUCCACUUACCUCUAUGUCCUGUGAAGAUUCUUACUAAGCUAGUGAGAGGAUGACAAUAAUACAGAUAUAGUUUAUUAAAGUACUGUCCUGAAACGUCCUGUUUUGACCCAUCUGUCCCAACUGUGAAAAACAACAUAUGUAGCUAAAAAAUGUUAAAGGAAUCCAAACAUUUCAGUUACUUUAAUGUAUGGUCAAGCUGAGCCCAUAUUUAGCAGUGAUGCAUGUCUUUGUCAUAGGUUUUUAAUGCCAAACUUGCCAAAUAAUGAUUUAUUAGGUGAUAUUUAAUAUAUUCUACAUUUUGUGCUAUUAUGUCCUUGUUUUGCUGCUUCAUUGAGCUCUCGUGUCUUAUCAGAUAUAUUCUUUAACAGUUGUCUCAAUGUUUAUACACAAAGAUGCAUACGUAUAUCCAAUAUGGUUUUGACCACAAAAUGCUUACUCCAACAAAUCAUUAAGCUAUGUAAUUAAUGACUUAAAGUCAAAUAUUAUUUGACAUAAAAAAUAUAUUCAUUAAAAAAAAUGAUAUCUCAAAGGAAAUGGAAUAUAUUACAUGACAAUAUAUUUUUUUAAAUCCUGUCAAGUGAGGUACAAAACCAGCUGUGGUCUUGCAGGUUAUAUGUGAAGUUUAUUUUUAUUUUGCAUGGUCCUGUUCCUGAAAAAGAAACAUAUAGAUUACACUGUAAAGGCCAAAGGUUGAUUUGUUAUUGUUUUUGAUCAUGUGAAAAUGGGUUACUUCACAAUAACCACUAUCAUUUUCUUCACUAGUACAUAUUAAAGUACAUUCUUCUUAAAAUAAAUAAAAAUACAUCACAAAAGUGG